CGGGCGCGUAGGACAGGUUGUCAAGAAUUGGGCCAAGAGCGCCGUCGCGCGCAUGGGGCGCAUUGUGCCCGCGUUCGGCGUCGGCGGGGUCGUCAAUACCAAGGUGCGCCGGGGGCUGAUGGAGGGGCUGGAGUAGUGGGUGGAUUGUUCACGCGAGUGCCAGCCGUGCUCCUGGGGCCUGUCCUGGGCAUAGUGUAGCCUUGAAACCCCUUGGAAUGACACAUGCACGCCUUGGUCCAGCCGAGGCGGGCUUCUUUGUUUGAGACGCUGUGCUCGGGCGCCUCGGAUGCAUGGAGAGUUUAUCGCAUGAUGCUUGAUUUUGUGAAUUCUCCGUCAAGGACACGGGUUCGCCUACCGGUGCUUUCCAAGUCGUGUCUCUCACGUCUCUCACUACUUCCAACUCGUGUCUCUCACUACUUCCAACUCGUGUCUCUCACUACUUCCAACUCGUGUCUCUCACUACUUCCAACUCACGUCUACUGGUACUUUCCAACUCGUCUCUCUCUACUUCCAACUCAUGUCUCUCACUACUUCCAACUCACGUCUCACUACUUCCAACUCAUGUCUCUCACUACUUCCAACUCAUGUCUCUCACUACUUCCAACUCAUGUAUCUACCGGUACUCCAAGCACUGGCAUACCUCACUGGAAAUGCACUUCUUGCAACCCAACACCAACACCCUCGUCACCACUGCGAGGCCGUGACAACUCGGAUACUUUCUUGGAGUUCUAAAUUCCAUGCCCAUGGCGACGGAAUGUGUCCAAGGCCC